AUGAGGUGGAUUCUUGCUGGGCUCAGUAUACUUCCUGUGACCCUGGCAGCUGCCUUGUCCAGGAACAUCGAGAUCUCAGUGAAUGAUGUUACUGCGCCAAAUAUUGUCAAUGUGCACCUCUUCUAUCCGGAGUCUGACCUUGGAAAGCAUAUUUUCACAUAUGGUAGUUGUGAUAUCGUCAGUCCUGUUGGUUCAAUCCAUCAUGUCGCAACUGUACCUAGUGGCCCUUCUUCUGGCCAUGACAGUCGAUUGGUUUGGGUUGUGCCGGACGAUGCCUCCUCGGGAGGCUGUAUCGCAGCGUGGGAUAUGGAAAGCAACCGGAUCGGUCAAGGUGAGCCUCUAUCGCUGGAUGGUAUUCUACAUGACAGCUUCACCAAGCGAGAUCGAAUCCCUAUGACAAACGAAUCCGGUAUCGAUUCAGAAGGCCCCUGGUUCAAUGGCGUGACUCUACUCAAAAGCAAGGACUUUGGCGCUGUGGAUGCAAAGAAAAUCAAAGAAAAAUGUAUUCAGUCCAGAUCCUCACGAAACACACUGGCAAUGACUCACAGUUUUAUUCUAGCCAUUGGAAUUCUAGGCGCUGGAAUAUCGGGCUUGAUGACCCAUUUUCUUCUUCGAAGCGUGGGGUUUCAGAACAUCGAAAUUUCGGAGUCUACGGAUCGCGUUGGAGGUCGAAUUCGGACCGAAUAUUUUGACUCAGACGAAUCAAAUUACCAAUAUCAAGAAAUGGGAGCCAUGCGAAUUCCAUUGACGGCACCCAUUCCUCUGGGUAAUGAGACUUUGACAUUGAACUUUACCACCCAUCGCAUCGUCUUCCAGCUUUCCGAGACACUCAAUCAAUUGAAUAAGCACCAUGAGUCAUUUAAAGUUGAUUGGAUUCCAUUUAUUCAAAACAGCGACAACGCACUGUCUCUCAACGGAGAUAAGCGAAACCGAGAUGGCUCGAUCCCAACAAUUGGCGACGUCGCUAAAGAUAGCUCGCUCGGUGCAUCUAAAAUUCACACUGCUGUUUUGGACAAACUGAAUGCCGAGCUAGGAAAGAUUAUGUAUGAUCCCUCAAUGAUGAAACUCAUCGCAAGCAACGUAUAUGAGGCGCAUAAGAAAUUUCUUGACGUGGGACUUAACGGCAGAGGAGGAGACCAGUGGUCUCAGGUGGCUUACCUUCAUAAUCUUCUAGGCUUUGACCUCAACAAUACCGAGAUAGCUGGCGACCUCUCCAAUGUCGAUGCCCCUUUUUGGGUUAACCUAUACGACAAUCUCUUCUUCUCCUCUACAGAAUGGAAGACGGUGGACAAAGAUUUCUCUACGACAUUAAGCCAUGCUGUUGCCUCUCUUGGAUACACAUCCGCCUGCAAGGUUGCCCUGGAGUUUAAGACACGGUUCUGGGAGCACUUGUCUCGCCCCAUUUUUGGAAGCUGUAACACCGUUACUGAUAUUCCCGGCAUUGGGAAUGUUUGCUACCCUGGAUUCAACAUGAACAGCAGUGGCCCUGCAGUUAUACUCGGAAGCUAUAAUCUGGAUGAUUAUGGUGAGCGCUGGGUUUCCACCCCGGAAAAAGAACAUGCUCAAUACGUGCUUGAUGCAUUUGCCCAGCUCCAUGGUGAUAUAGUCUACGAGCAAUACACUGGAAACUUCAAGCGCCUUUGUUGGCUAGAAGAGGAGUCCAAUGCUGGUGGAUCUUGGGCUUUCCCAAGCCUUGGCCAGCAUCAGCUUUUUAUUCCUUCUUACUUCAAUACCGAAAAGAACAUCAUUUUUAUUGGUGAGCAUACUUCGUAUACUCAUUCAUGGAUUGCCUCCGCCUUGGAAAGUUCUGUCCGGGGUACCGUCCAGCUUCUCCUGGAAAUGGGACUGGUCGACGAAGCAAAGGAAAUUACAAGGACCUGGAUGGGAAGAUGGGUGACUGUGUAA